AUGGUUGAGGGUGAAAGUUCCAAAAGCGAAGAAGACAAGCAAAGGCUGAUCAUAAAUCCUAAGUACCCUGAGCAGAGGAUAAGGGUCAAUCCAAGCCUUUCACAAGAAACCCUCUCAUAUCUUGAAAAGUUAUUGACAUAUUAUAGUGAUGUCUUUGCUUGGUGCCCGGAAGAUAUGACAGGCAUCCCUCGAAGCAUUGCUGAACAUGAGUUGAGAAUACCACCUGAUGUCAAGCCUGUUGUCCAAAAGAAACGAAGUCUAGCACCUGAAAGAAGCUUGGCGACAUGCCAAGAGGGUUGCUCCGAUAAGAAGGACUUCAAAUGGAUUGAGGAGGCCGAAAAAGCCUUCAACCAUAUGAAGCAACACUUAGCUUCCCUACCUGAGAUUGCAGCCCCGGAAACGGGAGAAUUAAUCUCGGUAUACCUUUCAGUUGCUGAAGAAGCAAUAAGUGCGGUCCUCACCAUUGAACGAGACAAGGUUCAGGUACCCGUUUAUUUCUUCAGCAAAACACUAGAAUUGGCUGAGAUCAAAUAUCAUCCCUUGGAGAAACUUGCUCUAGCCCUAGUCCAAAUGGCUAGAAGGCUUCGUAGAAAAGCCAUCAAAGCCCAAGUCUUGGCUGAUUUUAUUGUAGAAGUCCCAAAGCAAACAAUCACUGAAGUAAACACAGCUGUCACUGAACCCUCAGACCUUAAAGCCUGGAAGCUUUUUACUGAUGGGGCUUCAAGCGUUGAAGGGUUAGGGGCUGGGCUCAUUCUGAUCAACCCAGAAGGGUUAGAAUUCACAUAUGCUCUUCACUUUGAUUUUCAGGCCACCAACAACGAAGCUGAAUAUGAAGCACUAAUAGCCGGCUUAAGACUAGCUAAAGAAAUGAAGGUCCAAAAGCUUGAAGUGUUCAUAGACUCGUUGCGGGUAUCAAGCCAAGUGAAUGAUAGCUACAUUGCAAAGGAGCCUAACAUGAAAAAGUACAAAGAAAAAUCAAAAGAAUUGAUGAAUACCUUCCAAACAUGUACCAUCAAGCAAAUUCCCAGGUUUCAAAACAAGAAAGCGGGUGCCUUGAGUAAACUCGCAUCUCUCACUUUUGCCCACCUUACCAAGAAGGUAUUGGUAGAAGUGUUAAAAGCUCCGUCAAUCGAUGAGAUGGAAGUUCAAGAUGUAAUCACCGAAGAAGAUCCAAAUUGGAUGACUCCAAUCAAGAAAUUCCUUAGAAAUGGUGAAUUGCCUGGUGAUCAAACAGAGGCUGAAAGGGUUAAAAUCAAGGCAAGGCAGUAUGUACUACAAGGUGAAAUCCUCUACAAAAAGGGUUACCUUGCACCCUUUCUAAGAUGUCUUGGUCCCGAGCAAAGUCAGUAUUUGGUCAAAGAGAUUCAUGAAGGUAUAUGCGGAGCUCAUUUUAGAGCUAGAUCGGUGGUUGCUAAACUUAUGAACCUUGGGUAUUUUUGGCCCUCCAUGCACCGAGAUACCACUGAGCAAUUAAGGAAGUGUGAUGCCUGCCAAAUUCAUGCACCAGUCCCGAAGAACCCCAAGCAUGACCUUGUCCCGAUAACCUCAGCAUAG